AAGCGUUUUCACCGUACAUUUAUUAUUUACAUGGUACGGCAUGUUGGCACGUUUCUUCAUAUUAUUUAGUGUUUGGGGUGCUAAACAGUUGACAAAACUCAACGUUAGUUUCAAGUAAAUUAUAUAGUUAAAUUUACAAGCUUCAACAUGUCCACGGACGAUGAUGACGACGACGAAUACAUCAUGCACGGGAAAUUGUUGGAUCCCAUACACGAAGAUGAGGUUGUUAAAAGAAAAGAUGCAGAACAACAGUUUGUUAAAGACGAAAAUGGGAGACGAAGAUUUCAUGGAGCAUUUACAGGCGGUUUUUCUGCUGGAUUUUAUAAUACUGUUGGUUCGUUAGAAGGAUGGACACCGAGUACAUUUAAAUCAUCAAGAGACUCAAAAUCUACACUUAAGUCACAAAAUGCUUAUGAUUUUAUGGAUGAAGAGGAUAAAAAGGACUUGGGAAUUGAUGCAUCAAGUUUAAAAAUCAAAGCAGAAUAUAGUGAUCAUUCUUCAAGAAAACGUCAACUUCCUAUAGUUAAUACUGGCCCUAUUCCUGGUAAACCCGUGCUUGGAGAAAUUCUAAAACCAAUUAAAGAUACAUGGGGUGUUGAAUUACUGAAAAGUAUGGGCUGGAAGCCAGGUCAAGGAGUUGGUCCUCAACUUACCCAACGGGAAAAAUUGCGUGCUAAAAAAGAAUUGGAAAAUGUUGGGAUGAAAUUUAGCGUUAAUACUAAGUAUGAUGAUGACGAUGAUGAUGAAGUAAAUGAAUUAUUAGAGAACAUUAAAGUUUCACCUUAUGAAUAUGAAUCUGUAGCCAUUAAACCAAAGUUUGAUACUUUUGGACUUGGUUAUGAGGGUCUCAAGACAACUAAUGUUUCAGUAAAAUCUGAGAACAAGUACAGUAAGCUCACUGUUGGAGGAAAAUCUAUUCAUGGACAAGCUUUUGGAGUCGGUGCUUAUGAAGAUGACGAUGAUGAUAUUUAUGCCGCUGAAGAUAUGUCAAAUUAUGAUUUUAGUUUGGAAGAAAAGUCUCAAAAAUCAAAAAAUAAAUCAAAAACUAACAACUUGAAUUCUGAAUGUAUUGACGGUUUUGUUGAAGAUGAAAGUAAACAUGGGUUGUUUGAAGAUCUUCCGCCUCCUAUACAAAUUCCUCCUGAAUGGCGUCCCCAUGGAAUGUUUGAUCGAAUAGUAGGACAAUGUCCUCCUGAUUUUUUCAGUCAAUCAUUUAAUCCUACAAAUGUUUCUUAUACCAAUGUGAAUACUAGACAACGAGAAAUGAAAAAACCCGAACCACCUCCAUCCGUUGAAGAAUUUAUUAAAAAAGAAGUUCCUAGUUUAUUAUCAGAUAUAAUAUCUGAUCGAUUUACAAGAGCAGAAUUACCGGAUGAUUCUACCAAUGCUUUAAUACCAGUUAUUCGUACUACUGAUCCAACAUUAGAAAGACUCAAAAACUAUGCCAGCAAACAAAUGUAUGGUUUUUGGACUCGUAAAACUGAACCCUGGGUUCCUGAAAAACUACUUUGCAAAAGAUUUAAUAUUCCUGUGCCAAAACAGUCUAUGGUAAAUUAUACAGAAGAUGGUAAGAAGCAUGGAGAGUGCAGUCUCUUUAAUUCUCUAGAAUUUUCUACAAAUGAACCUAUAUCAACGUAUGAAACUAAAAUUCCAAAUAAUUUACCAUUGGCUAUAAAUAAUGUUAAAUCAGUUAACGAUACAUCAUUAAGUCUAAAAGAAAUUGUUACGGAAAAAGUUAAUGAUGUAGUAGAAUGUCCAAAACCAAGUGUUGACUUUUUCAAAGAUAUAUUUUUGGAUGAUAGUGAUGAUGAAACUUUAACUGUUCAAAAUUCAUCAAAAAGUGAAGAAGUAUCUACAAAUUCUAAUGAAAAACAAUUACAUUCCGCCAACAUUUCCAUCAAAAAAGAAAAUAUGGUAGAAUCUAAUGUCCAGAGUUCCACAACGUUCAAUCUGUUUCCUCCCAAAGGAAUUUUUGCUAAUCUUAAUUUUGGUGAUUUAUUUGAUACACCAAAUAAAACUAAUGAAAUUGGAAAUGAAAGCAAAAAUGCACACAGCAGUAAAAAUCACACUUUUGAUAUAAAUAAAUCAUAUGGUCCACUCUUGCCAGAUCAAAAUGACUUAAAUUCAAGUUUGGUCAAAACUAAGUGUAUUGAAAAUUUGUUUAUUGAAGAUGAUUGGGUGGAAAAAACAGGAUCUCCCAAUAAUUCUUCAAAUAGUAAAAAUAAACACAGUAAACAUAAGAAACACAAACAUAAACAUAAGUCAAAGAAGAAAUCUCAUAAGCAUAAAUGAUUAUCUGAUGUUUAAUUUUUAACUUGAAUUUUAUUACAAUUAAUUCGGAUUGGUCCUGUUUCUAUUUUUUAAUGUCCACUUGUGUUAUUACAUUAUGUAAUACAAAUUGUAAUUCAUAGUAUUAUCACACUACAUUGAUAUUCAUUAGAAUUUAUUUUAAUUUUGACAAUCGUCUUAAUUAUUGUGAUAUGCCUGUAUUAAGUUAUUACACCAUUUAGAAUGUUUUACAAUUAUUUUUGUGGAAUGAGUUUAAUAUAAUAUAUUAUGUAUAGUACACAG